AUGGGUUACACGGUUACCAUACUCCUGAUAGAUGAAGCGGCUCAAAUCAGGGGGGGGGGGGGGGGGGGGGGGGGGGGGGGGGUGGCUCCAGGGCCCGAAUCGGAUUCGGACAUACAGGUUAAUUUUGGGGGGGGGGGGGGGGGGGGGGGGGGGGGGGGGGGGGGGGCCCUGUACGAAUUAUACCUUCAGCGUUACCCUAAACGAACAUACCGUCCGAAUAAGCCGGUCUGCGUACCCCAUAGUGGUUACGGGGGUGAGGCGCGGCAACUGGGGGGCGGAGUACCGUUUCCGGGGAGGGGGGGGGUGGGGGGAUCCUUCUAA